CUCAACUCACUCAAACCCUAAAAACACAAAAACAAUCACAAUGAAGAAACCUUCAAUGCUCUCUUUUCUCAUCACUCUCCUGUUGGCUGCAGCUGUUUGCACCCAGGGAUCAGAUGAACCGGUGAAAGACAUCUCCGGAAAUCCACUUACAAUCAGUCAACAAUACUUUAUUCAGCCGGUUAAGACCGAAAGUAACAAUGGAGGUGGUCUUGUCCCAGCCGCCAUUACGAUACUUCCCUUUUGUCCACUUGGCAUCACCCAAACACUCCUUUCGAGCCAGCCUGGCCUACCGGUUAGUUUCAAUUAUCAAGGCUUCACCACGGAAACCAUCGUCCAUACAUCUGCACAAGUAAACAUAGAGUUCGAGUCCAAUAUCUGGCCGGUCUGCACCGAGUUUUCCAAGUUAUGGGAAUUCGAUGAUUCCUCAUCGGCUCGUGAGGAGCGGGCGAUUCUCAUCGGUGGUAGCCGGUUUAGCCAUAAUAGCUCGUUUAAGAUUGAGAAAGCUGGAGAAGGAAAAGGAGAAAACACUUACAAGUUGAGCACCUCUACCGGAACCGUUGGAGCUAUCCCAGGGGGCUGGUCAGGUGCACCACAACUAGUUGUCACCAAUGAUGAUGCUAAGACCUUACUCGUCAAGUUCGUCAAGGUCGUCGGUGAUUAUGCUACUACUACUUCUACUUCUCGGGUUGAGAAGUUAGGUCUAAGGAUGUUCCCAUUCUACUAGUCAAACGACAAUACAAAAAUCAUGUAAUAUUGUAAAGCCUGAGACUUGUCCAUGGCCAAAAAUAAUGGGUUGAGAUAAUACCCGCAUGCACGCAUGUAUUACCAGAACUUUUCUUUACUUUCAUCGUAAAAUUAAAUAAAAUUAUGUUUUCCAG